UUUUAAAUGAAAAUACUUAUGGUUUUAAUUGUUAAAUUAGGAUUUUAUAAGAAAGAGCAAAGAAAAUGCCACACAGAAAAGAAAAUCAUCCAGCGUCAGCUCCACCUCAAAAGAAUGCAGGUGCGGUACAAGCAGAGAUUGACGAAUUUGUACAUAGUGAAUCUGAUCAAGAUUCAACUCAUACUCUCAUCAAUGUAAUUGAUGAUUCAGAAGUGAUGUUAAUGAGUGAACCAGGUCCUUCUGCCCAGCCUGAUGCCGAAGAAAAUGAGCCAAAUCUUUCGGAUAAUGUUAUGAUUACUUUGUCACAAGAUUCCCUGAUUGGUCCCGCUGGAGCCGAAAUUUCCAUUGGAGAUGUUUUGCCAACUGAAUACAAUUCUGAGACAACUUGCAAGAAGAAAUCUGAUCCAGAUUCAUGGGUCCAAAAUCGCCGCAAAAGUGCAAGGACGCUGGAAUGGAGUAUAUUAACAGAGCAGGAAAACUUGUGCCAGCGAAAAAAAUGAGGGAGAGCUGUGGUACAACAUGCCGAAGAUCAUGUAAAAUGUUCAGUGAGGACGACAGAAUUACAAAUUUUCAGAGGUUUUGGAAUCUCUCAGAGGCUGAAAAGAAAAUCUUCAUUUCAAAAUCUGUAAAAAGAUUCCAGGCCAAAAGAAAAAUUGAGGGUCCCUCUCGACGCACGUUCACUUACCUAUAUUACCUGGACAGAAAUAACAUCACACAACAAGUGUGUAAGAAGUUUUUUCUAAACACCUUAAACAUUAGCAGCACUAAGGUGUAUUAUUACUUCGAGAACACUCAAACUCCAGAGGGUGUCCCUGACAAUGUCAAAAGAAGGAGGAAUCGUGGCCCCAAUUACUUAGAAACAGAUCUGGCUUGUGUGCGUGAACACAUUGCAAGUUUCCCCUGCAUAGAAUCACACUAUUGCAGAGCGGAUUCUUCGAAAAAAUACUUGGAGUCACAUCUCAAUGUUUCUAAGAUGUACCGACUCUUCAGGCAGAAGUAUCCCGAUUCCAAAAUUACAGAGAAAGUUUAUAGAAACGUGUUUCAAUUUAAUUUCAACCUUUCAUUCCACAAGCCCAAGAAGGACAUGUGUCCUACAUGUAAUUUGUCACAAUUGGGAAGGAUAUCAGCUGAGGAUUCGCAAAAGCAUCUUAGCAAUAAUGCGCAAGCAAAGGAGGAGCGAAACCGUGACAGAAAAAUUGAUCCGCAGACUGCUGUUAUCUCAUUUGACCUGCAAAAUACUAUUCCACUACCUAAGAGUUUUGUCAGCACUUUUUACUACAAGAGGAAGUUUAACGUGUAUAAUUUAACUGGACGAUGUAAUCUCAAUGGAGUAACUUACUGUUCCAUUUGGAACGAGGCUGUGAGCGGAAGGACGGGUGAUGAUUUGGCAAGCGCCCUUUACAAAAUUAUCCAGGGCGUUCUUCAAGAUCAUCCAGAUGUAAAUAAAAUUAUAUUAUGGAGUGACUCAUGCAUUCCUCAAAAUCGCAACAGAAUAAUGUCUACUACACUGCUACAAGUUCUACAUGACAAUCCAAAACUCCAAAGUAUUGAACAAAAGUUCUCGGAACCAGGACACUCAAGAAUCCAAGAAGUAGAUGCAGUUCAUAGUGUUCUUGAGCGUAGCCUUAAGCAUCACGAAAUUCCCAGCCCGACCAAACUUCUCCAUCUUAUGCGUACACUCAAUUUCCCAAAUGUGAAGCUUAAGAUAUUUGAGAUGGAAGAAAAUGAUUUUCUUCAAUUUUCAUUGAAGGCAACUUUGUUCUCCUGGGACAAAGUACCAUUCUCAAAAGUGCGCAGAAUAAAGUAUUCUUCAGAUGCCCUAUCAGCUUUUAAGUUGAACUUCAUUGUGGAUGCAUCCAACAACUGGCAUGAAGCCGUGAUUCGUAAACGAAAGCGAAAUUCAUCAACACCUCCAGAUGUGUUCACUCAACAGAUUAAAAAAAUGAAAUUUUCAUAUGAGGUACCGAAAGAAAAAAAGAAUGAUAUCUCAAGCAUUCUACAUUUUUUGUCAGAAGAAGAUUCCAAAUACUAUGUACAAAAAUUAAAAAUUGAUAAAACUCUAAAAAUUGUAAAUAAUCAGGAAUAAAAUUGAUAUCAUUGAUAUUAUUUUAAUACAAUCAUUUAGAAAAUUUUUAUUUUCAUAUUUUUUAAUUCGGGCAAUUUUAUUAACUCCUCUAGGAAUUGUAAAUCAUUGUAGAAGUACCUCUUCAUAUCACAGAUCGUUCGUUUCCUAUAAAUUAUUUAUUUUCUGAUUAAUUUAACACACUUUCAGAAGGAAUCGUUUGCAGAGAUCCUAUAAACAAAACAGCGGUGAUAAAAACACACAUAAAAUAUAAAUUCUGGGGUAUAUUAAAAUAAAUAAAAAAAAAAUUUCUGGUAUCUUCGUAGUUAAUAAAGCAAAAAAAUAAUAAUUUUUUUUUAUUAUAUUUUGAAUAUAAUAAACAAAUUGUGCUAUCUGCAAAAAUUCCAUACAUUGCAGAUAGACUUUUUAUCAACGAUGUCAGUUAGAACAAUUGCAUAUUGUGCAUUCUUUCAGAAAAUGUUUAAAUUUUAGUAUAACAAAUCUACUUUUCUCUAAUUUCUUUGUAGUAACUGUCAGAUUAUUUAUUAUUCUUUCAAUAUUUGUUAUAUAAAAUAAUUCAUUCGGGGUUUGUUUUUCAUUGAAACAUUAAUAAAAAGAAAAAAUUGUCUCCUGAAAAGUUGUCAAAAUGCAGUUAGCACAGUUGCUGAGGCAACC